CCCCAGCGACCCGCUCCCCGCUUCGAUCCAGCACUGACACCCCACCUCGCAGGGGCCCAGGCGGUGGAAGGGAGCAAGGGCGAGGUGCCAGAAGCCGGAAUGGAACCAGGCGAAAGGAAGAGGCUCCCGUCGGCGGCGGCGUCGGAAGGAGAGCAGAGAGAACACAAGUUAAAACGAGGAAUUCCCCAAGACUUGCUUUCUUCCCCCAAGUUAGACAAAUACAAAAUAGCAAGACAAUUGACGGACAAGGCGGUCAAGGAGAAGAAGAUUUUCUCCAUCUACGGACACUACCCGGUGAUCCGGGCCACCCUGCGGAGGAAGGGCUGGGUGGAGAAGAAGUUCCACUUUCUGCCCAAGCCCGUGGCGAAGGUCGAAGGCGACGGGGAAGGGGUGGCAGAAAACAGAUGUUCUGAAGGCAAAGAAAAUCAGGAAGAGGCUUUGGAGAACACAGAUGACAUCCAUGACUUGAUGUCCAGGUUGGUAAAAAAUGAAAUGCCAUACUUCCUCUGGACACUCAAAAGGGGCAUCGUUGACUAUCACAGCCUGAGCUGUGACCAGAUGCUGAACCACUACGGGAAGACGGCGGCCUUCACCACCAAGAUCGGGCUGUGCGUGAACAUGCGGACCCUGCCGUGGUAUGUCCAGGCCGACCCCGACUCCUUCUUCCCCCGCUGCUACGGCCUCUGCACCGAGAGCGACAAGCAGGAAUUCCUGGACGACUUCCGGCGCACAGUGGCCUCCAGCAUCCUCAGGUGGGUGGUCAGCCAGCAGAACGGCAACAAGAGCAAGCGCAAGAGCAAGGAAGAGGAGGCCGGCGACAGUGACCCCAGCAGCAAGAAAGUUCCUGAGAGCACGGGAUCGAGGCUCAUGGGCCUCUCGGGGCAGCUCGUGGAUGCCGCGUGCAAGGUGUGCGAGGCCUACCUGGGGCGGCUGGAACACAAGGACAUUGACCUUUCUGAGGAUGCCGCCGAGGACCUGACAGAGGACGAGUGGAAGGACCUGAUCCAGCAGUAUUACUCCCUCGUUGGUGGCAACGCUUUCAUCUCCAAUUCGAGAAACCACUUUUCGCAGUGCCAGGCUCUGCUGAAUAAAAUCACCGCUGUGAACCCGCAGACAGAGAUUGACGGGCUUCGGAACAUCUGGAUCAUAAAGCCGGCGGCCAAGUCCCGGGGCCGAGAUAUAAUGUGCAUGAACCACGUGGAGGAGAUCCUGGAGCUGGUGGCCGCAGACCACCUCCCUGCCAAGGACAAGUGGGUGGUGCAGAAGUACAUCGAGACGCCGCUGCUCAUCUACGACACCAAGUUCGACAUUAGGCAGUGGUUCCUUGUCACCGACUGGAACCCCCUGACCAUCUGGUUCUACAAGGAGAGUUACCUGCGGUUCUCCACGCGGCGCUUCUCCCUGGACAAUCUGGACAGCGCCGUCCACCUGUGCAACAGCUCCAUCCAGAAGCACCUCAAAAAUGACGAGGGCCGCAGCCCCCUGCUGCCGUGUCACAACACGUGGACCAGCACCCGGUUCCAGGAGUACCUGCAGAAGAGGGGCCGCGGGGCCGUGUGGAGCAGCGUCAUCUACCCGUCCAUGAAGCGGGCCGUCACCAACACCAUGCGGGUGGCCCAGGGCCGCGUGGAGCCGCGCAAGAACAGCUUCGAGCUGUACGGCGCCGACUUCAUCCUCGGGCGCGACUUCAAGCCCUGGCUGAUCGAGAUCAACUCCAGCCCCACCAUGCACGCGUCUACGCCCGUCACGGCCCAGCUCUGCGCCCAGGUGCAGGAGGACACCAUCAAGGUGGUGGUGGACCGCAGGGUCGACCGAAACUGUGACAUUGGCAACUUCGAGCUGCUGUGGAGACAGCCUGCUGUGGAGCUGCCCCCGUUCCAGGGCUCUGACCUCUUCGUGGAAGGCGUGGGCGCUAGGAAAGCCAAGAGGCAGAUGCCGCCCAUCUCCACCUUUGAUUCUGCAUCUUCGCUCUUGGACAUUCAGCCACUGAAGGAGAGGUGCCCCUCGGCUCUGCCAGGCCUGGCUCCAGCACCCCCUUGCACGGCUCUCCAGCCUGACUUGAGAAUGAAGGACGAAAAGGUACUUGCUUGCACCUUGCCUCUGCCCUUAAACAGGCCAGCAGGGAGAAGUGCUAAAGUGAACUGCGACCUCUCCGAGCCUGGCAGCAGGAUGGAGCUCCCCACCUGUCACCUCCAGCAUCUAGGCCACACCGCCCCGAACACUGGGCUCACCAAAGUCGAAUCCGACAAACGCUGGGAUCCAAACUUAUUAAAGGUGCACCCACUGCGGUCCGUGCUGCCGAGCAUGAAGACAGUGGAGGGUGCCCAGUGUCUGCCACCCAGGCCAUCAGGUAACAGAGCGGGGCUGGUGCCUGUCGGAGCCCCGGGGCUGCUUGGGGCUGCCUGCUCCGUGUCCUCUAGAGGGAGGGUUUGGGGCGCCUGGCCAGGUUGUGGGGAUAGCAGGGGGGCCGAGAGCAGCAGUCCCCUCCACAGGACCGGGUGGGAGGCAGUCCUCAUCUCCCUCCCUUGUGGGGUGUGGUGCCGGUGGGGGGUUGAGCUUGAGAUCUGAAUAGCACCAAGUGCCACAGAUGGGUGGCUGCCAGUGAUCACUGGGCCCUCGUCUUCAGUUUUCUGAAGCUUCUGCUGGAGCUGACCACGUGUGGCCUGGGCGCCUGUCCUGGGCUCGUGCUCGGAGCCCAGGUAGACAGGUGUGGGGCUGCCCCACGUAUCUAGGGGUGGCCUGGCUGUGUCUGCCCCUCCGCUCAGUUUCCAGUGGGCCUGGUACCCAGCAAUGGCCCAGAGAGUGACACCAGCCAGGGCCACACACCCACCGUGCUCUGCUCCAGGUGCACCCGCCUCCCCAGACACACCGGAAUAUCUGCCCCUGCUGCUCCCUCCACCCACCUGGUGUCUGUCCGUCUCUCUGUCUCUCUCUUUCUCUUCCUCCCUCCCUCUCCCUGGAACUAACAGCCUCUUUGCCGGUCUGUCUGCUGGUUGUCUGUCUCCCCCUGGAUUGUAAGCUCUUGGGGGCAGGUGCUCAGUACAUGUUUGCUGGAUUGGCACAUGCAUGGACUGCCCCUCAGAAGAGCCAGCGCCAGGCACCAGGAGCAUGUGCCUUCAGAGCUGGCAGGGCCCUCAGAGGACAUCUCCAGGCCCGCCCUCCCUCCCCACCCCACGUCCAACCUGGCACCAAGGCCCGUCAGCCCUACUGCAUGGCAGCUUGCCUCUCCAGGGGUUUCGAUAGUACACCAUGUGGCUUCCCACGGGCAUAUUCCUAGCAACGAGUGUCAACAGCGCGCACCACCUUCAACCUGAGGAGGUGUAGCAGCUGCUGAAACAAAGUACCACAAACUUGGUGACUUAAACCACAGAAGUUUAUUCUGAAGGCCAGAAGCCCGAAGGCAAGGUGCUGGCAAGGCCGUGCUCUCGGGCUGCGGGGGAGAAUCCUCCGUGUCUCUCCCAGCUCCUGGGGCCGCUGGCAACCCUGGGUAUACCUUAGCUCGUAGACGGUCACUCCAGUUUCUGCCCUGCUUCACACGGUGCUCUGUGUGUUGCUGUGCCCAGAUUUCCCUCUCAAAAGGACACAGUUGUUGGACUGGGUCCUGCCCUGCAGUGUGACUCAUCUGCCUUGAUUACAUCUACAGGGACUCUGUUUCUGAAUAAGAUCACAUUCAUAGAUUCCAAGUGGACGUGACCUCGGGGGGGCUGUUAAACCUGGAGCACUGGGUCCUGUGGGAGUGGCCAGACGGACGCGCGUUGGCCAGUCACGCCAGGGGCCGCUGCUCCCGCUGCUGCCGAUACUCGGCGUGGACGGAGGCCUUUGUCUCUGGAGAGAGAGAGUGGGGCUCGCUCGCGGUUUCCUGCUUACCAAUAAAACGCGUCUUACCUAUUUUCAGACGUGUGUUGGCCAUUCAGGUCUCCUCUUCUGGGAAGUGUCCACCCAAGUCUUUUAUCCAUUUGUCCUUAGAAUCAUGAUGAGCUGUAGGGGUGACAUCAUCUAUUCUGGAUUCUCCUUUUUCAGUUGAUUUGUGUGGCAAACACUGUCCCCCACUUUGUGAUGUCUUUUCACUCCUUUAUGGUGUCUUUUGAUGGAAAGCCACCUUAAUUCUAAUGGACGCAAACAGGCUAAGCUUCUCUUCUACGGUUGGUGAUUUUUGUGGCUUGCGUCCUCAGGCUGAGGUUGUGAGGACCUCUUCUUCUAGAAGCAUCAUUGUGGCCCAUAUGAAAUUUUUUGCUGCAAGUUGAUUUACGUAUCAGUGUGGGGAGAACUGACUUCUUUACAUUACUGAGUCUUACAAUCUAUGAACAUGGUAUAUCUCUCCAUAGGUAAAUCCUUUAAUGUCUUUCAACAAACUAGAACUUUCUUUGUAAUGGUCUUGCACUUUUUUGUUGGAUUUAGUCUUCUAUAUGUCCUAUUUUUUAUUCUAAUGUAAAUAGUAUCAAAAUUUUAAUUGUCUUCUACAAGUUGCAGCUGGUUGAUAGAAAGGGAAGUGAUUUUUGUGGACUUAUUUUUUUAAAAGUCCAGCUGUCUGGCUAUCAUUUCUAUCACUUUUGUUAAUAUAUCUGAAGACUCUUUUGGUUUUUUCACAUACACAAUUACAUCAACUGAGUUUUCCAUUUCCUUGCAAUCACUAUGCUUUUCAUACCUUUUCCUUAUUUUAUUGACUAUCCAGGACCUUGUUCAUUCAUUCAUGUUUCUCAUCCCAUGGAAUCUCAGGUGCAAAGAUUCUGAUUAAUCAUAACUCUUGGUUCAUGACACAGUUUCAUGUUUGUUCUGCUGUGGCUGAUUUUACUUGGAUAGUUUUAGUUGUGUUUUAAUUACACAAUUAUUGAUUUUUAAUGUGGCCAAAGUUAUCAUUUUUUUUCUUUUAGUCAAUACUGUCUUGUCUUAAAAUUUUUCUUACCUGAGGUUUAAAAGAUUAUUUACCUACAUUUGUCACUAAG